AUGAGUCAGGACAUAGAGAUAAUUGUUAUUGAUGCUAGGGGAGUUGAAGAAGUGGGCAGAGGUGUUGGGUUGCUCAGAGAUGUUUUCUCUCUUUUUUGGAAAGAAACAUAUGAUUCCCUUUUUGUUGGAGAAAAUGAGCGUGUACAAUUUGUAAGACAUGAUUAUCAAAGGGAUGAAUGGGUUGCUGUUGGCAGAAUUUUGGUGAAAGGAUAUUUAACCUGUCAAUACCUACCAGUCCUUCUGUCUCAAACAUUCCUUGCCUGUCUUUUUUGGGGGGAAUCUGCUGUAACUAGUGCUAUGCCGACUCAAUCCUUUAGAAAUUACAUUUCAGUUGAUGAAAAAUGUUUGAUUGACAAGUGCCUUGCUGGUGAUAUGAAGUGGGAUGAUGAAGAUGAAAUGUCCCAGCUUUUAGAAGUUUUUAGUAACUAUGACUGUCGAAUUAUGGUAAAUUCUGAGAAUAUUAUUCAAGUUAUUGAAGAAAUAGCCCAUAAGGAGCUGCUGCAGAAGCCACAGUAUAUUGCAGACUGCUGGAAGGAUAUAGUUUCCACACUCCUUCCUAGUUUUCCUGAUUUUGCAGCAAUUUCCAAAAGGUAUGAAUUUUUAAUACCAUCCACAAGCAAAAUCCUUAGUUGCCUAGAGGCAAACCCUGAGAGUGAUGGGGAAAGGGAUAGCCUUAAGUUUCUCAAACGGUAUAUUAAGGGCCUUGACACGCCUCAGAAAUUAUCAAAGUUUGUAAGGUUUAUCAGUGGGUCUGAGUUAAUGCUUUUUGACGCAGUCCAAGUAAAUUUUACCAACUUAUCUGGUUUGGGUCGCCGACCAAUUGCCCACACUUGUAAUACUGUGUUGGAGCUAUCCUCGACUUAUCAGUCAUUUCCUGAACUUAGAGAGGAGUUCAGUGAAAUACUUGCAUCAGAUUAUUGGGAAAUGGAUAUUGUGUAA